GGACAACAAGAUGGCGGGGAAGGGUGGUGUAGCACGUUUGCUAGCAAAACACAGGGCAACAAUUAUACGAGACCUUGAUGUUAACCGCAUUUUGCCCAGUUUAUCCCAAAAGGGGGUGUUUACUCGUGUUGAAGAGCAUGACAUUUUGGCCUCAGCCGACCCUAGGAGCCGAACGGAGGUGUUUAUCGACAUCCUUGCACACAAGGGGCUAACAGCAUUUCAUGAAUUUUGUUCCACGUUAGAAAACACCUAUCCACGAUUGUUGACAUGUUUUCUGUUGGACAACCCUGACGUGUUAUCAGAAGAUAAAACCCCUACCCAGGCCCUGCAACUUGGUUUUGAACUUGCUCUAAAAGAGCGUGAUGCGGUUCUGCGAGAGAACGCCCGUGCCAUGGAGGAAAGGGACCAAGCCAUUCGCCACUACCAGGAGAUGAAAGAUGAGAGAGACAGAGCUUUGGCAGGUUUAGAGAGUGUAGCAGGGAAGGCUCAAAAAAUUAGCAACAGGGAUGACCUCAACAUAACCCCCUCCAGCCCAUCCGGGGAAAGAAAAAGAAGUAAGUCCCCAACAAGAAGAGUUAUAGAUAAACUAAAGGCCAUGGAUAGUGAAUCUGAAGUAGAGGAGGGUGGAGAGAGAGUAGUCUGGCAAUCCCAUAAUGUGCACUUGACUAGGGUCCCUGGCUUUGGUUUUGGUAUAGCAGUCAGUGGUGGCCGUGACAAUCCACACUUUGCCAAUGGCGACCCUGCCAUAGCCAUCUCAGAUGUACUCAAAGCGGGACCAGCAGAGGGGAAACUACAGAUCAAUGAUAGAGUGCUAAGUGUGAAUGGAUACAACCUUGACAAUGUGGACCACUCUACAGCCAUCCAAAUUCUCAAAGACAGUGGGAACACUGUUAACAUGGAAAUACGAAGGAAAGUUGUUAUUCCUGGUCACGAAGAACCAGCUCAUACAAAGGUGACACUUACAAAGAAAAAUAAAAAGGAUGAAUUUGGUCUGGUAUUGGGCUGCAGACUGUAUAUAAAAGAAAUAAUUGGGAACAGUCUAGCAGCUCAGGAUGGGGGCCUGAAAGAAGGAGACACAAUUUUAAAGAUUAACAACACUGCUUCAGACUUCUUAUUGAAUGAAGCCAAGAAGCUAUUAGAAAAAUCCAAAGACAAACUGCAUCUAGUGGUGGUAAAGAAGCCAACUGGUAACAUAAACCACAAGCGUCAGAACAGCCAGCCCAGAGAAGGGGAUUUCACACCUUCACGUUCACACACACCAGACUUCCAGAGAAAGCAGGAUAAUGUGAACAUCAACAGAAUGGACCCUGCAGACAUGAAACCCCCCAGGCCAGCCUUCACUCCAAUCACAUUUGCUGAGCUAGACAAACCUGCCACACCGCUGCUAGGCAAGGGGGGACCACCAGGGUAUGAUGAACCCCCUCCUAGACCUCCACUGCCUAGUAUGGAUGCAGAUCCUCCUGCACGUCCACCAACGCCUGGUCAAGAACUUCAUCCCAACGACCCAUACAGUAAACCUCACAGGCCACAAGAGCUGUGGAGUCCACACAUUCCUUACUCACUGUACCCAUUCAGGGGAGUUCCCAGGCUGAUUUCGUUCAGGAAAGAAGGCGGCGUAGGUAUUCGUUUAGCUGGUGGAAAUGUGACGGGGAUCUUUGUGGCAGCUGUACAGCCCCGCAGCCCAGCAGAGAUGCAGGGACUGCAGGAGGGAGACCAGAUUCUCAAGGUGAAUGACAUAGAUAUGAGAAACAUGACACGAGAAGAAGCUGUCCUUUUACUGCUUAGCCUCCAUGACCAAGUCAACAUAGUGGCACAGUAUAGGAGAGAAGAUUAUGACAGAAUCCUCUCUGGCAAGGAAAAUGGGGAUUCUUUUUACAUCAGGGUGCAUUUCAACAACGACAGUGCUGAUUCUGGUCAGAUGAGUUUCCGCAAUGGCGACGUCUUCCACGUUGUUGACACUCUACAAGGAGGUGUGGUGGGGGCCUGGGUGGCUGUCAGGAUGGGAAGAAACAACCAGGAAACGCAGAAAGGAAUUAUUCCCAACAAAAACAGGGCAGACCAAUUGGCCCUAGCAUCUUCCCAAAAUGACCCCAGCAACAAGGAGAACACUCCAGGCAAACGUAGAAGUAGCUUUUUCAGGCGUAAGGUUGAGAGGAGGUCUAAAUCCUUAGGGAAAGAUCACUGGGACGACGUUAUCUUCUCAAGAGCUCAUGCUAAUCCAGCUUCCAAGUUUUCUGCAUAUGAGAGGGUGGUUCUUAAAGAUCCUGGUUUUGUGCGUCCAGUGGUCAUAUUUGGGCCAUUAGCUGAUGUUGCCAGAGACAGACUUUUAAGGGAUAAGCCUGAUAAAUUUGAGUCACCACAGAGUGAUGGUCGCAAGGAAGACGACAAAGGCAGCAAGUCUGGUAUCAUUAAACUAGGUGCUAUUAAAGAAAUCAUUGACAAGGAAAAGCACUGUAUCCUGGAUGUGACACCCAAUGCAGUGGACCGUCUCAACUAUGCUCAGUACUAUCCCAUCGCCAUCUUUCAACACGCAGACAGCAAGCACUCUGUGAAGGACCUGAGGUCAAGAUGGGCAAGGGGGUCCAGUAAAAGCCCCAGGAAACUGUAUGAGCAGGCUGUCAAAUUGGAACAGAACUACAGCUAUUUGUUCUCAGACACCAUCUCUAUCACUGGAGAGGGUGAUACUUGGCUGAGAAAAGUUAAAGAAGCUAUAGAAAAACAACAGGAACAGAAAAUUUGGAUGUCAGAAAUGAGGCCUGAAGAUGCAACUAGUGAAGACUUCCUCUUCCCAAUGACCAAUCGCCUGAGCUAUGCCUCCUCCCCAGAGAGUGACCUUGACCUUAGCCGGCCAGUGAGCAUGAGCGAUGAGGAGGAUGGCACUCCCCCCGCCAGGAAGAAAUUGGUCCGUGCUUCCUCUGACCCAAGUAUAGCAACGGGAGAGAAUGUACCAGGCAUUCCACCAUAUCAUGCACCUCCCAGCUACACUAGGGACUACAGACAGGACCCAAGGGGAGGCUAUGAGCCUAAAUCCAGGUACUAUGAAAAUGCCAGAAGGGAACAUGAUCAGAAUCAUGCUCCUCAAGAAAAUGGUCCCUAUGGCCAGAGGUCGGAGGAUCAGUACUAUCCAUCCUAUUAUGCUGACAGUCUUCCCAGGGAGCGUCCGCCACACGCCAGGUCCAAUAUUGACCCCUAUGCCACACUGACACCUAGUGAGAGGCUGAGGAGUUUAAGUCAUGAGGAUGAGAGAGAUGGCUCAUAUGAUCGCAGUCCAGAUGGUCCAAGAGGAGCAGCACUGGAUAGGUUAAGACCAGCACCUUUACCCAAACCUGACCAAGAUCAAAAGGAUUCCAACAGCUCCACCUACAGCAGUGACUCCAUAUCUCGUUACACGUCUAAUCCUGCCAACAAGCAUGACGAUUCGAAACUGAGAGAAAAGUUUGGUAUCACACAGCCUGCCAGUCCCACUAGGAAGCCGGCCAGUAAUGACCCCUACAGGUUCACAAGGAGCACUGCCAACCCAUACAAAACUGCCACCAUUGAUAAGAGCAAGCUGUCUGGAUUACAGUCCAAAUACAAAGAUGACCCAUUCUCCAAGCUGAAAGGCAGCCCAGCAAAGCCAGUGUCCUCCCCUACUGUUCCUGACCGCCAUCUCACUGACCAGUUAAAAGCCAAGUCCGAAUCCACAGUGUACCACAACCCUCCACCUAGCCAGCCCUACACCCCUCAGUACCCUGCCAAACCCAUGUAUGACUACAAUGGCAGGAGGGAGGGGCAGGAGCCUGAUGAACAGAAGAUGAGGAAUUAUGAGAAUUCUAACAGACAGAAUUUUAUGAGCCCAGACAGACACAGGUACCCAGGUUACAGUCCUGACAGGAGCAAGAGAUCAAGUUAUGACCAACCCACACCACCCAGAGAUUCUAAUUAUGAGCGAGCUUAUGAUCACAGACCAAAUGGACAACGAUCCUCCAGAGACUUUGGUGACGGCAGCCAUCAAGGUCACCCAGGCGGGAUGUCCCCCCACAAAGAUUCCUAUGACAGGAGUAGGACUGAGCCACCGUAUGGCAGUGUGAGGCAGUCUUCCUAUUCUUCCCAGCCCAGGAGCCCAUAUGGUCCAUCGUACCAGCAGCACCAGCCCCCUCCCCCUGUGCACAGUGCUGGGUACGAUGGAAGGCAGCGGGGCAGCUAUAGCAGAGACUCCUAUGACUCUUACCAGAAUGGAGGAAAUCCAAGCUAUGGUGCUCCUAGGUCUUAUUCUAAUCAAACCUACAUGGAGCAGAGGGAGGUGGAGAGGAUCAGGUCUCAUCCAGAUCAGAUGUCUCAUAAUUCUCAAGACUCCUACUUGGCCAGGGACUCUGGAUAUCCUAGUGAUAGAUCCAGAUCUGACAGCGUUUUUGCCCCCGACAACUCACAAUCCCCUUCCUCCUCGUCAGCUCCGCGUGGCGAUACUUUUGAAUCUUACAAGAAAUUUGUGACCCCAGGUUUUUAUGGGAGCAAGAAAGAAACUUCUCCGGGGGACAGGGAUGACCCACGUAAAGUGGACUCUCAUGGAAGCCGGGGCAGUGCGUUCGAAUCCUACAGAAAACCUGUCCAGUUUGGCAUGCCCCACAUGGACCAGAACCAUGAACGCCAGGGGUCGGGGGAAUCAGAACCUGGGAACCACACUGUAGUAGCCACAGCCAGAGGCAGCUUUGACCACAAUGGUGGGGUGCUGGAAUCUAAAGAAACUGGUGUCAGUAUCAUCAUUCCCAAAGGAGCCAUAGAAGAAGGCGUAAAACAAGAAAUCUACUUCAAGGUCUGUCAAGACAACAGCAUCUUGCCACCUCUGGACAAAGAAAAGGGCGAGACCCUGCUAAGCCCCCUGGUAAUGUGCGGUCCCCAUGGCCUGAAGUUCCAGCAGCCAGUAGAACUGAGACUACCUCAUUGUGCCUCUGUCAACCCAGACAGCUGGUCUUUUUCACUCAAAUCUACUGACUCUCCUCAAGGGAAAACUCAUCCCAGUAAUUGGCAGAACUUGAGUCUUGCAGGAUUAGAUGGAAUUUCUCAAGGACGUGUUGGCAAGAACAGUGUUUCAGUGCUAGUUGAUCACUUCUAAGAAAUAACUUUAACUUUAAC